UGAAAAUUGAUAGAGUUGAAGAUGAAACUAUUUCAAUAUUUUUAUUCGAUUUUAGUUUAAAGAGAAUUGAAGUUGGAGAUGUUCUUAAACCCUAACACCUGUAUUCAAGUUUCAUAACUUUUAAAGCUAUCGUUUAUAUUUGUUGAAACUUUCAAUCUGUUUUAAAAUGGAAGUAGAAGAUUUCGAACCCUUAUUCGGCGAGCCGAAGGUAGAAUGGCCAGCGACGACGUCGACGCCCCGUCCAUUUUUGUUCCAAGUUCAUGCGCCGGACUCUUCUCACCUCACAUUUCAUGCCACCGAUUUUUUCUCAAGUACUUUUUCGGCAGUUCGAUCAAUUGAGCAGCUCGAUGAUAUGAGGGAUGACAUUGGGAUUGGAGGUUCUUGGUCUGAGUUUCUGGAAUACCUUGUUAAUUCCAUAAAGUUUGGGGAUGUGAAGCUUGUUUUGGAGGGAAAAUCAAAAUCAGAUGGACCUGAAUGUGCUAGACUAAUUGCUCAAAAGUCAAAAGGAAUGCCCCGAAUCUCCAUUUCUUUGCUUAAGUGUGUUGAUACUGCUGCAAAUGAGACCAUGGCCAUUCUUUCACUUGAUCUCUACAAAGCACAUCAAAGAAAUCAAAAAUUGCUAAUUCAAGAGCAAGAGGGUCGCUGCCAGUUGACAAAGAAGCUUUCAGCUGAACAGGAAAAGAGUAAACAUAUUCAAAAACAACUUGAUGGGCUACAUUAUCCAAAACGGCACAUAUCUCAUGACAAAUUAACCUCAGAUACUUUAUCUGCUACCAAUCCCAAUGAUGUGUCAGAUGUACAAAUUAAUCAGAAUCCAAGCCCCAUGAAAGCUUCUAAACGUGUGGUGCCAGCUCAUCGCAGAUCAAAGGUAAGAGGGGCUCUUCUACGAGAUAUUGAUGAAGAUGAUUAGAUCAGAUCAUAUAUGAAUUAAAAAUAUUGGUUGAUACUUUGUAAAUGUUCUGUGAGGUAUUAGCUUCAUUUAUGUAAGUUAUGUUGAAUGAUUAAAAUACCAUUUUUAUCGCC